UCGCGGCUCUGCCGUGCUCUGCGGCCGUCGGGGGACGCUGGCCAUGGCGGCCCUGCGGCCCUCAAGAAGGGUGCUUGUCCCUCCGCUCUGCCGCGCCUUCGCUGGGCCCGGCUGUCAGCUCGCCCCAGAGCGCGGCGCGGAGCGCAGGGAUACUGCGUCCGGCCGGGUCUCAGGAUUCUGCCCUCCAAGAAAAUCUUGCCAUGAUUGGAUAGGACCCCCAGAUAAACAUUCAAACCUUCGACCCGUUCACUUUUACGUCCCCAAAAACGAAUCACCGUUGGAACAAAAGCUAAGACAAUUAAGACAAGAAACACAAGAAUGGAACCAACAGUUCUGGGCAAACCAGAAUUUGACAUUUCGCAAGGAAAAAGAAGAAUUUAUUCGCUCAAGACUAAAAGCUAGAGGCCUGGAACCCAGAGCUGGAUCAGAGACUGGUACAAGCGUAAUUUUGCCAUCACCUUCUGCAUGGGAAAAGUGGCCCUGGAGAGGGUUUGGAACAAGCUCAGGCCAAAACCAAAGGAGAUGGCACGGAGGAGCCCACCCUGACCUGCCUGCUCUGACCCACCCACCACCGGGGUCUGAGUUGCCUGGAGAAGCGGCUGCUUUGGGAAUCCGUUCCACAAGGGCUCUCGACACCUAUAAGUGAGCUGAGUCCCACACCUGCUUUAUGGGGGCCCCUUGGCUUCUGUCAGCACAGGGUGGACUGGCAGAACAGGGGACCUGGUGAGCCACGGGCUGUGUGACUGCCCUGACUCUGGAUUCCAAGCUGGCCCUGGGUCAUGGACAUGAUGUUAAAUAAAACCCAAGCACCGUG